UUGGAAUCCCAGCAAGAAACCUGGCCCGUGCCCGUGGGUUGUCGCAAGCUCAAUCCAGUGAGCCAAAAGUGCUGCUAUGGAACUGUUAUCUCCAAGUUCCGACAAUGCAUUCGCCCCAAAUGUGGUUUUUCGUACUACAACCCACUGAGCCAAAAGUGCUGCUUUGGAAGGGUCAUUUCCAAGUUCCAGCCAUGCAUUCGUCCCAAAUGCGGUCUUGUAUACUACAACCCACUGAGCCAAAAGUGCUGCUAUGGAAGGGUCGUCUCCAAGUUCCAGCCAUGCGUUCGCCCCAAGUGUGGCUUUUUGUACUACAACCCACUGAGCCAAAAGUGCUGCUAUGGAAGGGUCGUCUCCAAGUUCCAGCCAUGCGUUCGUCCCAAAUGUGGCUUUUUGUACUACAACCCACUGAGCCAAAAGUGCUGCUAUGGAAGGGUUAUCUCAAAGUUCCAGCCAUGCGUUCGCCCUAAAUGCGGCCUUGUAUACUACAACCCACUGAGCCAAAAGUGCUGCUAUGGAAGGGUUAUCUCAAAGUUCCAGCCAUGCGUUCGCCCUAAAUGCGGCCUUGUAUACUACAACCCACUGAGCCAAAAGUGCUGCUAUGGAAGGGUUAUCUCAAAGUUCCAGCCAUGCGUUCGCCCUAAAUGCGGCCUUGUAUACUACAACCCACUGAGCCAAAAGUGCUGCUAUGGAAGGGUUAUCUCAAAGUUCCAGCCAUGCGUUCGCCCUAAAUGCGGCCUUGUAUACUACAACCCACUGAGCCAAAAGUGCUGCUAUGGAAGGGUUAUCUCAAAGUUCCGACGAUGCAUUCGCCUCAAAUGUGGCUUCUUGUACUACAGCCCACUGAGCCAGAGGUGCUGCUAUGGAAGGGUUGUCUCAAAGUUUGUAGUAUGCAAACCUCGCGCCAGAUGUGGAAAAUAUUUUUAUUCCCCUUUGAUUCAGAAAUGCUGCUCUUACCCGAUACGUGUUGUUCCCAAGUUGGCCUCAUGCUACAUUAAAGGUUAGCAGUCUGAAUACGAUGCAAAGAGGACUUUGCACGAACAUUUCAGGCGGAAAAUGGAACAUACAAUUUUCAAAUACUACCGAUAAAUAAGUUACUUUUUUGUCCGUUUAUUUAUAACUUUUACAAUGCCAGUGGUAAAAGCUUUUUUUAGUCUUAAGAUCUUCUGGCGUUUUACAUUAUGCUGACGUGUAAGGGCUUAUAACUGUGGUAAUAAUUAAAAGAGUUAUUAAAGGUGUUAAAGGUGUUAUUAUUCUGGCGUAAGAAUCUCUGACGAUCAUUACUGAUCUUCGAUAGCCGUUUCGAUGCUCAGACAUCUUUCCUUUCCUUCCCCAAUCCUACAUUUCUGCUCGUUUUUGCCUUUUGCAUGUAUUUGCCCCUCUUCACGGGAAACGGAAAUGACUGCUACGCAGGCUAGGAGGUUGAGCCUAACGCUGAACCGGUGAUUAUACCCGCCUCGAAGGAAAAACGGAAGACGAUUUGGACAAGACAUUGAAUGAGACCAUCAUCGUGCCUGAAGACUAGCCAACGCCCUUGGUUAAUAACAUUGUGGUGUCAAGAAAGAGAUCUGGUGCAUCGAGGAUCUGUGUCUACCCCAAACAUCUCAACAGAUCCCUCCUCGAUUAAAUACUGCGGAAGUUGCGCCCAGGCCAAGGCGUUCACCACGGUUGACCACCCAACCGGUUUCUCGCACUGUGUUUUAAGCGAAGUUUUGAAAUGAUUUCUUUGCCGUCGCUGCACGACUACAAUGUGAAACUUCCUAAUUUUACGUUUUGUCGCAGACGGGAACAAAAGACAAAACUUUGACAAUAACUUUUUUUCCUGAACUUUGAUACAGUCCUUUAGAAUUCAACUCCAAAAAAGAUAUUGCCAGCACUUGGCGAAUUGUACGAGAUGGAAUAAGCGCGAAAAAAUUCCAGGUAGAGUGAAUUCACUUUUUAAGUGACGUUCUCAAAGCCGUCGCCGUCGUCGUUGCUUCAUUUUCACUAAUGUGAAGUGGUUAAGAAAGGAUUGGGUGCCGCCUUACUACUACCCGGACAGCCUAUUGCGUAAAUGUACAUCAGCAAGCAGUACGCGCAAAUCGGUUUUGUAUGCCUUAGAGUGGUUUCAAGUGAACAGCAACCAUAAGCCGCGCGAGGUGAGACUCAAGAAGCCACUACCUGGACGAAACAAGGUAAGCUUUCGAAAAAUCGCAAGGUAUUUCGAAAAAUUAAUUGUUGAGGUUGCGAAAAUCUGAAAAUUUUGCAAAAUCAUAAAUUUUGUCGUUAUAUAUGCUCACUUUUGUAUAUUGAAUUCAAGUGGCAUUGCGUUACACUCUACUGAAAUACAGUGGAAACUGAAAUGCGAGUAUUUGAUUUAGCCGGUGAGCCUGAUUUUUAACACUAAAAGCGACGUUAAAGGACUAUAUUAGGGGAAAACGCAAUCAUAAGUAGCCAUAGGAGUGAAGUGAAAAAUAAAUAAUGAUAAUAAAUGAUUUUCUCCCACGUAGCCAACAUAAAAGCUAAGAGUACAAACACUGCUUUCUCUCGCACUGUCUAUUUCUGCUCUCCUUUUCCUUCUAUAGUUUGUUUUUGGGGUUAUUGCACUGGAUGCUUAAACUAACUCUUCGGGCUACUUUUCAGUCAAACUGCUACAAUUUCGGUAGGAAUGACAUUUCCAAAAAUGAAGCUACAAUCGGCGACAAAAUUGUUGAGACAUUGUACUCAAAUAGGGUAUAACCACAGAGGACAAAAGAAUGUACACCCGCUCCCCCCUCCCCACUCUCCUUCAUUCAAAGUUGUGGUGUUUGUUGUUUUCAAGAGGUAGCUAGAACAGCGGCACAACAUUGCAUGAAGGGGAUGGGGGAGUAAAAGCUUUAUUUCCCCCCCUGGAAGUCAGUAAAGCGUCAGAAAGCCCCUUUAAGGCAAAGUGUCUCAACUGAAGAAACGCGUCGCUAGUAAAUGCAAAUUUUUCUGUCAAUCAAAUGUGUCCUAUUAUUUGUAGGUGGAAAUUGGCGAAACAUCGUUGUUGUUUUGGAGACAAUAGAGGAACAAAAGAUAACAGAAAGAUCAAGUUAUGCGGUCUUAAAGCGUGUUACGUGACUUUAAUCAGUUGCAGCAUUUCUCCUAACUUUCCCGCAUUAAAACGUUGGAAUGAAAAGUCUGAAGCUUAGCUUUUAAAAUCUUGAUAGCCAAAAUAAAAACGGUGCCCCAAAAGGCAAGCAUUUGGGAAUUCAAAAUCGAUAUUUUUGUCUCCAGCGAAAUCCAGCGGAUGAACAGUAAUUUGCAUAUAAGCGUAAGUGAAGCGAAAUAGAUACAAAUUGCCGUGGUUGUAAACACGUUUCCUCGAAGUUUUCUUCCUUUUGAAAGCGUAAAUUCGCAUGAAAGAGCUCAGCUUGCACAAAAUAAUAUAAAAUGAAACGAAGCAAAUCCAAAAGUGGUAAAAAAAGUCAGGAUAUUUCAGUUCAAUGGAAAGUACCUGCUUGGGUAGGUGAUUUGCAUACUGAUAAAAACAACAUGUAGCGCACUUCAAAACCGUUCGGCUUCCUGAAUUGUUUUUCCGGAAUUCUAUACAUCCUGCUGGCCUAAAUCGUUAAAAUAUCUUAUGAAGUCAAAAUAUUUAUCAAGUUGAGCGCUUGCAUUUUCUUAUAAAACAGAGAGUAGCGCCAAAGCUUCGAUCUAUUAAUUUUCUUAAGUUAAAUUACCUUUGUAUCGUGGAAACAAUACCCUAACACUUGAGUCUUGAAUCAAAGGGAGCGACAUGCGUCGGCUUCCUUUGUAAGCGCGCAAAUAGUCAUGGGACCCGCGAUUUUGCAGGCGACACGGAUCUACAGGCGCCGUUCCGUAAUUCGACUCCGUACUUCUCUUGUGUUUUUUGUCAACUGAUCCAGAGCAGCUACAGUGGAACAACCUCGAUAUAACAAAUUGGGACUGGCAAACUUUGUUCACCAUGACGAGGUUUAAAUCGAGGUUCUUUCCCAUUUGCUUUACUAUUACUGGUGCGAAGAAUAUCGUUUGGUAGUAAAAUCCAAUCAGCGGUCUAUUAUCAAUGCUGCGUUAUGAUUGGCUGAGUUACUAUUAGUAGGCUAUGUGUUAUAACCCACUACUAGCGAAAGUGCCGACUUUAAGAACUAAAACAAUGGCGGCUGAAUCGCAUUUUGCUUGCUAGAGUUGUUUUGCCUCGAUAUUUUUUUAUCAACUAGUUGGAUUUUACUAACACAAUUAUUCCUCUCGCCUCAUGGCUUCUGAGUCACAGACCAUUCGGGCUCGAGGAAUAAUUAAUUAUACCGAAGAAUUCGUUAUAUAGAGGUUAUAUCGAGGUUUCACUGUAUUCUUAUAUUUCAAUCAAUUUUGUGAUCGUUUGGUACUGUGCUAAUCUUUCUAAAAUAUCCGCGUAAGUUGACCCAUUUCAAUACUCAGUUACUCAGUCAAGCGACAAAAAGGAAAUGACAGGGCACUUUUUUACGAUUUUCCACUUAAAAUUAAGACUAAAAAAUGUCGUCUAAUUCCUUUAGAAACCGUGUGACUUAUCCUUUCAGUUAAUAAUAAUAUAAUAAAAAUAAUAAAAAAAUAUUUUUAUAGCGGCUAUUCUUUUCAGUGCUAAUUGCGCUUUAUGAUUCACUCGGCCCGAAAUUGUCUCUAGGUAAGCUUGUACUAUGAAAUUAAUAUUAAAGGUUUCAGGGAGCCUUACAUGUGAAAGGGGGCCAACAUAGACUGGGAUGAACUUUAGUUAGAGAAUUUGACAUGGCAACAAGCUAUAUUUAAGCGUUUCUUUUGUGGAAGCUCCUCUGGGCUGUAUAAACUUUUACUCUAAAUGACGUGAAUAUCUUGUCUUAUGCAUAUCAGGCUAUUACCAGUUGGAUAAUACUACAUUGAACGUCAGUAGUUGUCAAGUGCCUACUUCUUGUUUCAGACUUAAGGUAUUAGAAAACUGUAUUUCAAUAUAACUUCUGAAACCUCAAAAAACUAACGCUUCCAAAUUGGCCUCCUUGAAAUAUGAUUUACAACAUAAGUUAUAAAAGUUAUUUCAAAAAUGGGUGAUUAAAUUGUUAAUAAAAAUUAAGAAUUUGUUCAUGCUUAGCGUGCGUUUAUCGAGUUAUGGAUGCACGCGGGACGUUUGGAUCGCCUCGUGCAACUCUAGCUUCUUGAGUGCUCUCCAAACUUCCCAAGUGCAUCCAUAACUCGAUAUACGCACAGCUAAAAGCAUGAGCAAAUUCUUUUAUAACAUAGCUGACAAAAAUGCUUGCUUUUUGAUUAACUGCAAAAUUUUCGUAACGCGCGACACAAUAACAAACGGUUCUAUUGGCUGAUUACGAACACGCCACAAUCGUCUAGUUUAAAUGAAAAUAUUCUUUCUGUAAAAGGGAGAAAGAAAAUUUGCUUCUUUAUUCUUUAAUGAUCAAUGGAAACUAAGCAGAAACAAAGGUAAAAGAGUCUCAAAGUUCACCUAUAGUUAAAAUACUAACAUGUUCCUGAGAAGUCGUGGAGUAUGGUUUGGAUUUGCUGAAAAGAUGUUUACGUUUUGCUCGGCGAAAUCCAGAAAACAUGUUUUUAGCGAAGACGACUGUCAUCCCUCUUUAAACGUAUAUUCAUUUACGAACAUUGGCUUGUCAUUACGGCUUCUUGAGAAGACCUGGCAGCAGUUGUUUUUGUGAGUAAUAAAUUUAUAUCUUCUUGUGUAAUUUGUGUUGUUAUCGUGAGAGAAAUUUUCCUGCUUCGGUCGGAUUGUCCGGAGUUAACAAAGUGCAUAACAAAUUUAAAAACAACAAUAAAAAAGGAAAUUUUGCCUUUAAAUGUUGUUGAUGACCAGUUGGUGUCUGUUCUGUUCCCAAUGAAUGUCUUUCGGCCAAAAUAUUUGCUGCAGCUGGUCUUCGACAAAUUUGCGAAACGCGCAACCUGCGAGUUUUUUUUUCAUUCGGCUUUAUUUUUGCUGCUUGUUGGACCAGGACCUAAAAGGUCAAUGCCGAUAGAAAAAUUGUGCAGUUCUUCGCUGGUUUCUUCCAUAUUUUAAAGAGAAGGAAAAGUGCACUGCAGCUUAAAAGACGACAACUUUACAGCCAGGUAAAAAAAAAUGCUCACGUCACCUUAUUUACGCACGGGCGUGCGUAAAUAAAGAUUUUGUUCAUAGCUAACCUGAGAUCAGGCUCUAUUUUCGUUUCGCUUUGAAAAUUACAUUCCGGCGGGCAAGGCGAAACGAAAAGAGAGCCUGAUACAAACCUUUAACGAAAUGUCUGCCGCCCACUUUUUUGAUUGAUUGACAUUUGCCGAAUCAGCCAAUCAGAAUUACUUCCGUUGCUUGUUUUUCUAGUAUGCGAAUUUUUCACGCGUGGGAAAAAUGCAGACUGGCUGACUUAAAAAAUAACUCUAUCUGUUAAUUUUUUCAGCUAAAAAUAAAACAGUCAGCACAAUCACAUUUAACUUCUUGCGAGAUUAAUAGAGAUCUCGAAGGUUACUUCUGUUGGCGUAGAAGGUAAAAAGUUUUCGAAAAGACGGCGACACGAUGUUCUACUAGUUUUAUUAUUUUGGCUAGGCGCUCUGGAAUUUAAAAUACUGAAAUCUCUAUUUUUCCGUUGUCUUGAUAUUUUCCUCGGCAAUUUUCCCCGAUUUUCAGUACAUAAAUCUUUAAAAACAAAAGCAAACAGCCAACGAGCGAGGGCACCAGUUUUCUUGGUUUACUUUUAACAGAAAGCGUAGUCAAACAACCAGUCUGUCAACACUGAAAAUUCCUUGAACAACGAUGCGAUAUUUUUCGUCUAAUACUUCACAGUUGGCGAUUGAGGUUUCUUUCGCAGUGAGCCUCCGCCUGCGCACCCCGUUCAGAGAAGUCAUUCCCGGCUAAACUUUCAAAUGAAACCAGUUUUAAGAUGGACAGUAUUUUGAUUUGCACCUCAACGUUUGUUGGUAAAUCAAAAUGCACCUUGUUAGCGGUCAACAACUUGCAGAGGGAUUCAACUUCGCGAUACACUCACUUUCCGUAAAUUAAGCAAAUCCUGAGAAGAUAUGAACAACCACAUGAAUUUUCUGAAUUUUCAUGGCACAUAUUAAGGCAUAUUUUCCCACCAUAAGACCAUAAAACAAUGAAAAAGACAGCAAAAUCCAUCCUUCUCUCCACCGACGAAGGAUCAUUCACGAAAACAACCACGCGAGGAAAAAGCGCUUUCAACUUCCGGCGUUUCCGACAGCCAAUCAGAUCUUGUGGCAUUGUUCUAACAGCCAAUCAGCGUUACGGCCAAAAUCUGGCCGUAACGAGCACAAACUUGUGAUUGUUUGUAUCAGGCCCAAUUUCAGCGGUAGCCGUUAUAGAGAAUGUAUGAGAACCGCUCAAAUUGGGCCUGAUCUCAGGUUAGUUCAUAGCGGCUCAAUAGGACUUAUAUAGGGCAAGCACGCGCGCUAUGUUAUAAAGGGCUGUUUACACUUAAUGUAUAGAGACAAAAAACACGGUGAUCAUAGAUCAUCCUACUUCUAUAGCCAUAGAUUGGGAAACCAUUAUUAAAAAACAAUUUUUAUAAUAGUUUCUUCCUUGAAAUCGUGCAUGAAAUAACUUCUCAGUUACUUGAGCAGGCAAAUAUUACAAGAAAACCCUCAAAAAGACUAAACAUGCUAACGGCUUAAUAGAAUAAAAAUGCCUUCAGUUACGAACAGAGUAAUAACAAAAACAUCUAGCAGCUAUAUUUAACGACCAAUUAUACCAGUCAAAAAUGAGUCUUUUACACGUCUUCUGCCUGUAUGUUAAAGAGCUUUCUCACGAUUAAGGUAAAAAAUGUUCAGUAUAAUUUUAACUGAGAACUAAUGAUUACGUACCGUUGAUAAGGUAUUGUGCGCAUUUCAUUAUUUUAGCUGACUGACAGAGCCACAAUAAACGCUGUGGGGCAGCCCCUGAAAUGAACCCCAAUGGCCCACCGAGAAAUGUCCCCAAACACAAUUUGGCACUCCGUCAGUUACAUAUCAUCGCUGAAGAUGUUCUCAAAGUUUUCACAGAUAUAGAAAAAUGUUAGAAGUUAGAGGUUUUACGAAAUAUUGUAAAACGCAUAUGGCGGUUGAUUUAUGCGGGGAAUGUUAAAGAAGCUGUGUCAAGAAACUUAAUAUCAAAAUUAAAAGAGUGCAGGAACCUGCCACCAAGUUGAGUAAAACGUAAGACAACCACUCAAAAAAUUAAAGGAAUUUAUAAACAGCGAAGUAAAUAUAAAAGAAGACAGGGAUGGACAAACUCGAUGAAGAUUGAAACGGAUUGCGAUAGGGGUUUUUGAAAUCUUGUUAGCCGAACAGUUUUUCAAUAAUUCAUUUUUGUUCAUUGGAAACGUAUGAUUUAAUGCUUGGGAGACAUAUUUGUUUGAUGCAAAGCUGUGAUUUUGUCAUUUACAUAUUAUCUCUUAAUCUCCAUAGCGAAUAUGGACACGUAAUUGGCAUUAUAAAAAAAAUGAACAAGCCAGCCGUGACACAUCCUAUAAUAUAAAAAUGUCUCUAUUCAGCCGUCCCAAUGACGCAAUGGUCCCGUGGGAAACGGGCCGGAACUAAGAGUGAGAGAACCAUCUCACUCGUCAAGCGCGAGCGCACUUAAUUUUCACCCUCACGUAAAUCACAGUCCUUCAUUAAUUUAAUUGAAUGCUAUAAUGGAUGCCUUCUCAAAUUAGUUAACAUUUAUUGAGUAGCGCUAAAGGCGGGGAGCUGAAAGAACAAUGAUAAGAUAUAAUUUCUAACGUUCCAAAUACGUGACUAAAUUAAGGUUUCAGGUGCCCUUGCAGCAAAUCGAUGACCAAAUAUAUUUCUAUAAGUACAGUAAAAUAACAAGGACGAGUUAAGAAUAAAACAAUAUUAACGAUAUAUUUUAUGCUUUCCUGUGUAGCGGGCAUUGACUAUUUCCUUUUAGUUUUAGGUAUACGAAUACAGUCAUCCGGCCACAAAUAUCUUUUACUUUGAUGACAAUUUUAUCUGCCCUGUACAACUGAAUCAAUAGUGCAAGUAGAUAAGGUUUAUGAACAUUUUAACAUUUGAGAUAUAAGACGCUUCUCAAUGAUUCUACUGCAAAAAAUUUUAUGAAGGUUAAAUCGCAUCAACUGAUUCAUAUGAAGGAAGGAUAGGGAAUCAAUAUUGUUACAAUUAACGUUUCCUUUUCUAUUUACAUGUAAUUGUGGAAUGCUGCCAAAGUUUUUUGAACUUUUUGAUAACUUUAGUAGAAGUAGGGUCUUUCCUUCAUACAGGUUAAAGAAGAAAAAAAUGAAAAACGGCCAGUCCGUCUUCUUGAAUACAAACUGUGAUCAUUCAUCCUCCCAUAUAUUGACCAUUUAAGUAAGCACUCUUUUCACACUUGAUAUCUGCUGUAAGCCUCAUAAGUAGUUGCUCACGUUACCUGAGAGGCAAUUACACUUUAAAAAGGACAAUUCAACUAGUAAUUUGGAAUUUGCUUCCGCUUUCCUUUGUUAGAAAAGGCCUGUUUCACAAACAGAAACGGCAUUAUAGCUGGCAGCCAGCAUGAAGGGUGUUACUCGAGGAAUUAUACUCGUUCUUCUCGCGGUUUUUGCUGUUAUAAAAGCAGAAACAUUGGAUGAGGAGAGUGUUGCACCUCAUGAAAACACUCUCCUUGGGAUCAAUAAUGCUGAAGUUGUAGCUGAAAAUCCUGUAGAAGAUGACAGGGAAGAUGAAAGGAUCCCCACGCAAGAGGACAAAGGUAUAACCUUACGAACUUGACCAUUUCAGUACAACGUUUUGUUAGAUAUUUUCUCACACUUGCAGGCACUGCAAUUCACUUCUGCUGUAUUAUCAACCUGGUCUUCUAGUCAUAUUAAUUCCCGGUGUCCUCUUAGUUACGUGACGGUUUUAUUAUAGUUUAGAUUGAACAUUCAAAGAAAACGAAUACUGCUUUCUCUGACGGAGAAAUUACACAUCGCAAACAUUCUUUGGUCAAAUAGCCCAGACAAUAAGCAUGAAUAACAACUAAGAAGCAAGUGACUUUUCCAUCGAAAAAUGCAACCAAAAUGUUCACAAAGUUUGGCUAGCGUCUUCGUGUGGGCUUUUAAUUUUCCAAACAGAAAAAAGUCCUUUAUUGGACUAGCUAAUGUGGCCUCUGCAUGGGACUUAUAAAAUUAAACCGUGAGAACAAAAGUUCAAUCACUCUUAAAUAGUUCAGUACAAAUUCAAUAAAUCUACUUGUUGAGGUGGUUUUUUUCCCGUAUGAUCAGUUCAUUGACUAAUCAAUUAUUCAGUUAGUUGAAUUUUUGUUUUAAUUACUUUCUAUCAUUCAGAAACGGACGAGGAAAAUUGGGAAACACAACAAGAUCAAUUCAACGAAGAAGCAGCUGGCGAGGAAAAUGCUGACUCUGACGAGGAAAACAACUUACUCACAGGUAUUAGUUGAGCAAAAGUACAGUAUUCUUAACUUCCAUUUGUUCCCACUAAAUUAAAACUUCCUUAGUGCGUGAAGUCACUGCGCUUGCGCAGUGACCCCAGGACAUUGUUCCGGAUCCCCAAUAAUUACAUGGUAUCUGCCCCUUCUCGAUUAAAAGAUGGUUGCGAUUGUAGAACAUAAAAGACUCCUCUAUGCCUCUAGUGAACCACUCUUAUUCCUCCAAUUUUAGGUUUGAAGUUUUGAGCAGGAAUUUGAGCAAAAGCUGCACAUACACUGAAGAAGUUUAACAGGCUUGAUUCGGGAGGGCUUCCCUUAUUAAUGCGUACAUUUUUCGGAGUUUAAAUAGCUCUCUUAUUAUUUUAUUCACUGUUUACUGAUGACCUAUUUAUAGAACCCGAGGAUGAAGAUGAAGAAGUUUAUGACGAAGACGAGGAGGAAGAAGCAGGACAGGAUGAAAAAGAUUAUGCGGAAGAACAAGCUGCUGACGCUGAUGACGAAAACAGCCCUCUCAUGGGUAGGUUAGAAGAGUAGUUGUACUCAGUACGCUUCAUUACCUACCGUACAUACCUUGCCGUACAUUUUGUGGGUAACUCAAAUCAAAGAAAACAAUAAUGGCUUUUAUUUACUCUCAGUUUGCUGAUAUAUACUUAUACACUGACGAGAUGUCAUGCCUUAUUAAUGUGUGCAUUCAUUUUUCUGAGUUGAAAUAGCUCUCUCAUGAUUUUAUUACCUGUUUACCGAUGACCCAUUUACAGAAGCCCAGGAUGAAGAUGAAGAAGUUUAUGACGAAAAAAAGGAGGAAGAAGCAGGACAGGAUGAAAAAGAUUAUGAGGAAGAACAAGCUGCUGACGCUGAUGACGAAAACAGCCCUCUCAUGGGUAGGUUAGAAGAGUAGUUGUCCUCAGUACGUUUCAUUACUUACCGUACAUACCUUGCCGUACAUUUUGUGGGUAACUCAAAUCAAAGAAAACAAUAAUGGCUUUUAUUUACUCUCAGUUUGCUCAUAUAUACUUAUACACUGACGAGAUGUCAUGCGUUAUCAAUGUGUGCAUUCAUUUUCCUGAGUUGAAAUAGCUCUCUUAUGAUUUUAUUACCUGUUUACCGAUGACCCAUUUACAGAAGCCCAGGAUGAAGAUGAAGAAGUUUAUGACGAAGAAAAGGAGGAAGAAGCAGGACAGGAUGAAAAAGAUUAUGCGGAAGAACAAGCUGCUGACGCUGAUGACGAAAACAGCUCUCUCAUGGGUAGGUUAGAAGAGUAGUUGUACUCAGUACGCUUCAUUACCUACCGUACAUACCUUGCCGUACAUUUUGUGGGUAACUCAAAUCAAAGAAAACAAUAAUGGCUUUUAUUUACUCUCAGUUUGCUGAUAUAUACUUAUACACUGACGAGAUGUCAUGCCUUAUUAAUGUGUGCAUUCAUUUUUCUGAGUUGAAAUAGCUCUCUCAUGAUUUUAUUACCUGUUUACCGAUGACCCAUUCACAGAAGCCCAGGAUGAAGAUGAAGAAGUUUAUGACCAAGAAGAGGAGGAAGAAGCAGGACAGGAUGAAGAAGAUUAUGCGGAAGAACAAGCUGCUGACUCUGAUGACGAAAACAGCGCGCUCAUGGGUAAAGGUCAGAAGAGUAGUUGUCCUCAGUACGCUUCAUAACCUAACGUACUUCCCUUGAGGUACAUUUUGUGGGUACCAUAUUUCCUCAAAUAAUAGCCGGGGCCAUUAUUUCUUUUUCCGCACAAAUUCGACGGAAGGCGAUUAUUUGAGGGAGGUGAUUAUUUCAAAUAUUGCUCACUGGAAAUCGUGCCCUAAAUAUUUUUUUAUCAUGCCAUUAAAUCAGAAAAUAAUCACAUCAAAUUAAUAUAUAACUGAACAUAGGCUUUUUAGGUGUUCCAAAUUUAGUUCCUUGAUUAAAUUUCAUAGCUUGAAUCGUCACUGAUCAGUUUUGCUGGAUCCCAUUGCACUUACACUUGACAGGGGGGAGGGCGAUUUUUCGAGGGAGGCGCUUAUUUUAAAUAUCUCCGUUCAAGGGGGGCGAUUAUUCGACUGAGGGAGGCGAUUAAUCGAAGGCGGGCUAUUAUUUGAGGAACGGUAACUUAAAUCAACGGCUUUUAUUUACUCUCUGUUUAUACUAAAGAGUUGUCAUGACCUUACAUGGUAUAUGGUUCAAACAUUUCAAUUAUGAGAUAAGAUUCGGCCAAGUCAGUUGAAUUUGCUGUUAAGUUUCAAUUUUGAAAAAAAAUCUUUAUUCAGUAUAUAUAGUGACUAGAAGAGCCAGAUUGUAUAGCCAAUACUCUUUCCUACUACAAACGACAUCAUGUUUUGCCUUCGACUUUAAUCUUUUUUGUUGCUACCACCGGCUAUCUACAUGUACUAAGUGGUGCAAAAAAUUAACUGCUUUCGAAUUUUGCUUUUUUCAAUUGACCCUAUUUCUUCACAGAAUCCAGCGAGGAAGCUGAUGAAGAUCUGCUAAAAAGCAACACGCCGGUUGCGUCGCGCUGUGGUAUAUACAACCGAAUCACCCAAAAGUGCUGUUUCGGACGUAAAAUAUCCAGGUUUGCCCCCUGCCGUCCUCGACUGAGAUGCGGUUUUGCCUACUACAACCCACGGACCCAAAAGUGCUGUAACCGUAGAGUGAUCUCCAGGUUUCUCCCUUGCCGUCCUCGACUGAGAUGCGGUUUUGCCUACUACAACCCACGGACCCAAAAGUGCUGUAACCGUAGAGUUAUCUCCAGGUUUGUCCCCUGCCGUCCUCGACUGAGAUGCGGUUUUGCCUACUACAACCCACGGACCCAAAAGUGCUGUAACCGUAGAGUCAUCUCCAAGUUUGUCCCCUGCCGUCCUCGACUGAGAUGCGGUUUUGCCUACUACAACCCACGGACCCAAAAGUGCUGUAACCGUAGAGUUAUCUCCAGGUUUGUCCCCUGCCGUCCUCGACUGAGAUGCGGUUUUUCCUACUACAACCCACGGACCCAAAAGUGCUGUAACCGUAGAGUGAUCUCCAGGUUUGUCCCCUGCCGUCCUCGACUGAGAUGUGGUUUAGCCUACUACAACCCACGGACCCAAAAGUGCUGUAACCGUAGAGUGAUCUCCAAGUUUCUCCCCUGCCGUCCUCGACUGAGAUGUGGUUUAGCCUACUACAACCCACGGACCCAAAAGUGCUGUAACCGUAGAGUGAUCUCCAGGUUUGUCCCCUGCCGUCCUCGACUGAGAUGUGGUUUAGCCUACUACAACCCACGGACCCAAAAGUGCUGUAACCGUAGAGUGAUCUCCAGGUUUGUCCCCUGCCGUCCUCUACUGAGAUGCGGUUUAGCCUACUACAACCCACGGACCCAAAAGUGCUGUAACCUUAGAGUGAUCUCCAGGUUUGUCCCCUGCCGUCCUCGACUGAGAUGCGGUUUAGCCUACUACAACCCACGGACCCAAAAGUGCUGUAACCGUAGAGUGAUCUCCAAGUUUGUCCCCUGCCGUCCUCGACUGAGAUGCGGUUUUGCCUUCUACAACCCACGGACCCAAAAGUGCUGCAACCGUAGAGUGAUCUCCAAGUUUGUCCCCUGCCGUCUUCGACUGAGAUGCGGUUUUGCCUACUACAACCCACGGACCCAUAAGUGCUGUUAUAGGCCCACACAUGUUGUACUUAAGUAUGCCUCUUGCCGUCGUCGCGGUUAG